GGGCUCCCAUCCCUGUGUUCACGAUGCCGGUCUUCUGCGAUUUCUGCGGCGUGAGCUUCCGCACGGACAACGCCUUGCAUCAACACUGUCGUGACCGCGCUGACCAUCCGUAUUGCGAGGACUGUGAAAGAGUCUUUCAAUCCUUCAACGGUCUCAGUCAGCAUCGUCGCACAGCUGGCGUUCAUCAAGAUGAUUUCGAUGAUGAGGAAGAAACCGACUCCGAGUACUACUACUACUCAGAUAGCACGGAGGAGAUACCCCGCAUUCCUGCGGGGCGGCCUUGCGUUCCUACCGUCAUUACCUACGAAGAUGAUGAGGACGAGGACGACUACUGCACGUCUUGCAAGCGGACCUUUGUCAAUAAGGCCGCGCUCUAUCAGCAUCUUGCCGAUAGUCCUGCGCACAACUGGUGCUUCAUCUGCCAUCGCGACUUCCGCACGGAGGGAGCCCUUGCGCAGCAUAACAACUCCCCAGCGCACUACGGCCGGGAUCUCACAUGCCCAUUGUGCAAGAACAUGUUCAAGGUUCCGUCAGCCAUCGCGCUCCAUCUUGAGUCGGGCUGCCACGGAUACCAUCGUCACACGAUCACCGCCGCCGUCCAGUCCCUUCCCAUCACCAACACCAUCUCCCUCAGUCGCCGCAUCGCGGGCCCCGGCGGCACGCGCGCUCCACCAAAGGCUAUCACGAAUUACGCCGCCACCGAGCGCUCUUUCAACGGCUCCGCGUACGAGUGCUUCAUCUGCCGCCGCACCUUCCGCACGCUCUCCAGCCUCAACUCGCACCUAGCCUCGCCCGCGCACGAUGCAAACGAGUUCACUUGCCCGAAGUGCAAACGGUGCUUCAAGCUGAUUUCGGGGCUGGUGAAUCAUAUGGAGAGCGAAGUGUGCGGGUUUGCUCGGUUGAGGCAGGUGAAGGACGAGAUGCGGGCGCUCGUGGACCAGUUUUCGGGCUUGCUUACGCUCUGAGGGUGCCGCAGGCGUAUUGCAUCUUACGACAGCC